AUGACGUGCCGGCGCUCGACAGCCCCUUCCCAUUGCGGGCCGUUUGACACGAAAGUGGUUAUGCGUUACGUAAUUGUGUGCCAAAGGAUGGUGAUCGCCACCACCGCCACCGCCAUCGCCACCCACUCUCCCCGCAUAUCAUCACCGAUGGACUCCCAGUCCAUCAUCACUCAGGCCAUCAGAGAUGACACGAAAGACAUUCAGACGGAAGGCAUUCACGACUACCGACCCGACUCCCAAGAAACAGGUCAGUCAUGA